UAAACGAUCAUGCGUGUAUUAAAAGUAAAUUGAAGUAAAUAUUGUAAAAAAUUUUGUUAUUGUAAGAAAAAUUGUUGACACAUCAGUUCACACAGUUGUAUGAUUCUUUAAUAUAUAUUAAGACAUAAUAUACAUUUAAAUGUAAUAAGAGAGAAGAGAGAUUGUUUGUGAUAUUUCUAGCUGAGUUUCUCAUAACGACAUUCAAGGUUAAUAACAGUGAAAAGCGCUUAAUCUAAAAAAAUUUGAAAAUAUCUGUUUUUAGUACAUGAAAACAUAAUGUGUCGCAUGUGAUAUUACUAUAGAGUUAACCGCGGGCAAGAGCUUGUCCAAUUGGCGCGGUAACGAUCUCACAGGAUUCUCGUUUGUCUUAAUGUAUGAAAAGAAGCGUCUUGACACAUCAGACAGACAAUGUCUGCCGGAAGCAACUCUUUCUCUUCCAGGGUCUGUUGUUUCUGCAACUCGUCAGAAGAUGAUGAGUUGGAAUAUGGAAAGUUCUAUGAACACAAUGGAAUCAUUACACAUUACUACUGUUUACUUCUCUCUUCUAAUAUGGAACAGAAAGGAAAUGAUGACGAAGGUAUACUUGGAUUUCUAACAGAUGAUAUACUAAAAGAACUUCGUAGAGGAAAAAGAUUGGUAUGUUCUUACUGUAAAAAACAUGGUGCUACUUUAGGAUGCUGCAAUACAAGAUGUAAACGAAUAUUUCACUUACCCUGUGGCUUGAAGGCAGGUUCCUUGCAUCAGUUCUUUGGUGAAUUUAGAUCAUACUGUGUGAAUCAUAGACCAAAACAGAAGAUUGAUAACAAUGUUGUAAAACAAGCUGCCACUUUAGAUAAUGUUUUGUGUUAUAUUUGUUAUGACAAGGUGAAUCCUAUGGAUACGCUACAAACUUUGUGGGCGCCGUGUUGUAAAAAGGAUGCCUGGUUUCACCGUAAAUGUAUUCAACAACUUGCUUUAAGUGCAGGGUAUUUUUUCAAAUGUCCUCUCUGUAACAAUAAAAAAGAUUUCCAAAAAGCUAUGCUUGAAUUUGGUAUUUUUGUUCCUAGUCAAGAUGCUUCAUGGGAACUAGUACCAAAUGCAUUUGAAGAGCUUUUGUAUAGGCACAAUCAGUGUGAUGCAAGAGACUGUCUCUGUCCAAAAGGAAGAAAUCACAUAAGCAGCAAUGCAAAAUGGGAAUUGGUGUUGUGUCGAACUUGUGGCUCGCAAGGCAUGCACAUGGCUUGUGGACAAUUGAAAUGGGGUAAUCCUGUGUGGGAAUGUGAGGAAUGUAUUUCUAUUACAUCAGGUAAAAAUAAAAGUUCUGAAACGACUCAAGAGGCAGAUGUUAGUUCGGAUAGUUCUAGUUUUCUGAGUACAGACUCUGAGUUAGAUUCAGACAGUGAUACAGACAUCUCAGUGGGAACUGAAUUUCCCGCUUUACCUUGUUCAUCACCUAUUUUUAGUUUUUCAUCUCCUAACGCGUCACAGGAUUCUACUUCAAAUGUUACAGCACGACCUGGUCCACUUUCUUUCAAGUUACGGCAACAAAAAGAUACAAUCAAACGAAAAGUGAAAACAACUUGUGAGAAGAAUGCCAAUAUAAAACCUGUUCUGAAAGAUACAUCAUAUUUGAAGAAUCAUGACAAAAAAGAAUUGUUAAAAACUCAACCAACUCACUCCACGCCGAACGUAACGGAUGUUAUCACAAUCGAAAGCGAUGAAGAUGAGAUCGAGUGUCUUUCAUUAAAACAACAAACAAAAAGAACAGAGAUUCCAAAUUUGCUGCAGCACUUAUCAAUAUCUUCUUUAUCAUCAACGGUUCCUUUUACUAAAUUGUUAAAUUCAACAGAAGAUUCCGCAAACUCUAAUAGUUCAAAUAUAGCAUCUCAUGCAAUAGCAACAGAUGAUAUAAAUAGCCAGGAAUUUGUAUUUGAAGAAGUUCUAAACAAAAGUGAAUUUACUGCUGUAGAACAAUUCAAUUUAGCAACACCGUUAGAAUUUAUAUCUGAUAACGUUUCUUUGAAUAACAACGAUUUGAAGGAUUUAAACGACGACGCGGCAGACGCAAGCGAGGAAUCUGUCAUGAAUAUCAAAAUCACAAAUGUUACUUCAUUGCCGCCCGAAGUAUUCGAAAGUGUACCUGAUGUAAGCAAGAAUUGCUGGAAGGAAACAAAUUCUCUCACGUAUCCUCUUGUGAAUCAACCAACUGAAAAUUCUUUCAUGAGUUUAUUUCCUACAAAACGUAGCUUAGAAGCGACUGAUGAUACAAAUAAUUAUAAUAAAAGAAUCAAACAAAGUUUUAACAAAAAUACUUGGGAAAUGAAUACAACGCCUGUUGUAAUCGAGAAUUGCUGGAAUAUGUCGCACGCGAAUUCCGACAUAAAUUCUCUCAUACAUUCUUCUGUUAGUCAAACACUUCAGACUACUGUUACAUGUGAUAUGAAUAAACGGCCAAAUAGAAGAACGUCUUCAAGAUUUAGCGAAAUUGGAGAGAAUAUUGGAAAUUGCUUAGAACGCUCACCAAUGGCAUAUACAAGCGAGAUAAACGAUAUUUCAAUUAAUAAUGAAAAUAUUGAUUCAUCUGUAUCUACAUCACUAUCUUACGAAGGAUUACUUGGAUCGAGUUCAAUUGAGUCAAAUUGUUUGAAAACAAACACCAAAUUAUUGGAAAACAAUUGGUUGUUGAAUACAUCACAGAGAAAUAAAAACUCAACGAGAAUGGAAUGUUCAGACAACACAACACAUGUUGUAUGUUUUACGCCCAAAUUGCAAAACACAAGAACUAUAUCUAUCGAUACAAAUGAUAAUCAAAUAACGGAAGCGUUAAAUGAACAGAGAACGUCAUCUGCUAAUAUACCUGUUCUUGGAAAAACCGCGGACAACAUAUCCUGUGACGGAGACACAAGCUCCAAAUCUGCCAAGACCGACUCGACCAAGUGGAGCAGAAGUAAUCGAUCAAAAGAAUCUUCCAGUAUUGACGCCGUCGACAUCAGUUCACAAAAUUCUGCCGCCAUGGAAGGUCAUAGUGUCUUCCCUCAAGUCACGAACAACCUCACCACAUGUCGUCAACCUAGAUUAAUACCGCAGUAUAUGUAUCUGGACGAUCUCAAGUUUCAAGUUCGCGAAUCAAAUAAUGUUCAGAUGAUAUUAUAUGAUACAUUCUCCAUAAAUAUCCCGGCGGAAAAUCACAAAGAGAGCAAGAUUCAAUUGACAGCUCCAAGAGAGUCAAGAAAGCUGCAUACACUUGUCACUUCUACACAAGAUAAAGCUUCGUCGAGUUCAGACUGCAUCAAUGAUUAUACAUCUGCGGAGCAACAGGACAAGUUCUUUAGUUUCUUAAUAAACGACAAUCACUUAAUUAGCGAUAAAAUUAUACACAUCAUGCCUGGUCAUGAUGAUACAAAAGAAAAUUUAGAUCCGGGAAGAUCAAAGACAAUUUCUCGUAACGGUAAAUUGAACAAUGUGAAUCUGACUAAUAAUGUCGACGAUACUGCGUUUGUGAGAAAUGUACGUAGCGAGAAUGACGAUGAUGUACGUCUUAGUUCAAAUAAUACCAAUUUGAACACAUUAAAUCGAACUAUUUGCAAUACAAAUAUAGAUAACAUAACGGAUAAUAUAGAACUUGCAUCGAACGAUCGCAGUCAAGAUGUGUGGAUCAGCUUGGAAGAUACACAACAAUACAAACAAGCGUCUGCACACAAUACGAUGCCAUCGUAUACAAAAGAAAAAAUUUCUAAUGUUCGAUUAUUCCACGAGGAUACUAACAAAAUGGUACAUGACUUAGGUUGUUUUGUUAACACGAAUAAAAACGUUGAAAAACUAUCACAAGAUAAUAUUUCUGUUUUUGCAAAUCAGUACAAUGUUGAUAAAGAAAUUGACAGUGAUAACAGAAAUUGGCACACAAUUGAUUAUUCGAAGUUAUGGAACAGUUGUAAAACUUUAGACAUUGCAAACACUAUAAUGCUGAAGGCUCAAAAUAAUCGACGCGCCGCGUCUGUCUCGAAUAUUACGUUCAACGAGCGCAAUAUUCUAAAUAAACAGAUCGACGCAUGUGAUUCCGGCAAAUUUAUUCAUUGCACAAAGUUUUGCGACGAUAAUGUAAAUAAUACUUCAAAUAGCGAAAAUGUUUUUAAUUGCAAUAACAUCAAGCAUUGUCUCAAAGUCAGUAUAGAUUUGUGUAAAAUACGGAAUUUGAUCGAUUCCAAACCGGAAUUAUUUACGAAACACAAACGUAAUGGUGAUCAACGGCGUAAAUGCACAAUGAAUCGGUCACACAGUCAAACUGAUCUUGUUCAACAACAAGUAAGGUUAUAAUGAUAAAGGAAUGUGAUAAUAUGUAUUACACAAUCACAUUACAUGUAAUCUGAAAAUAUUGAGUUGCACUGUCAAAUUUCAAUCAAAUUCAGAUAGAUAAAUAUUUUUUUAAGUUAAAGUAUUUUAUAUUCAUUUGACAAAUAUAAAAUAUUUUCUUGACAUCCCCACACAUCUCAAAAAUAUCAGAAGAGUAUUUCAUAAAUGUACAAAGGAAAAAUACAUAUAUAUGAAGACAGUAAAGCAGAAAAUAAUUUGUCUUUUGAAUGUAAGUUAUUUAAUAUGUAUACAAAAGUGGCAAAAUAUUGGAAAUGUAUAAUAAGUUGGUUUCUUCCUUUCUUUUGAAAAAUUAUUUAAAAAUAAAGUGUACAUAUAAUAAAAAAUGUAAAUCUAUUUUCUGUUAUUUUCUGCUUACUCUUUCAAGAUGCAAAGUUUAGUGAUACAUAUGCAAGUUAUGAACUCCCCUUACAAUCAUUAUUUUUAUUUGUAGAAAUUUGUCUCGUUUCUUUAUGUAAAAAAAAGAAUACAAAAUUAUUGAACAGUGUUAUCUAUCCUCGCUCUUCGUCUCGAAAGUAUUAUAAAUCUUAAUGUGAUUAAUAUAAUUGUUUUACUUAUUUUGUGUACAUUAAAAUAGUACACAAAUUGUAUAUAACAUCAGUUUGCGAAAAUUAAAUGUAUCUUAAAUAUCAAGAAAUUAAAUUUGUCACAUUUUUAAAUCAUGUUAUACAUAUUCAUAGCAAUGUCAUUCUUUUCUGUCACUCUA